UUCUCUUUAUUUCAUUGUCUUUGUAGAUUUUCAGCCAACCAAAGGCAAAAGCCCAGAGAUAGCAAUAACAUGGCAUUGAGAAUGUGGGCUUCUUCCACUGCCAAUGCACUCAAAAUCUCUUGUGCCUCCAAAGCUCACCUCUCCCCUGCAUUCUUCCUCUCCAGAUGCUUUUCCACAGUUUUGGAUGGGUUGAAAUAUGCCAAUUCACAUGAAUGGGUGAAGCAUGAAGGUUCAGUGGCUACCAUUGGCAUCACUGACCAUGCUCAGGACCAUCUUGGAGAAGUAGUCUUUGUGGAACUGCCAGAACCUGGUGGCUUAGUUAGCCAAGGCAAAGGCUUUGGAGCCGUGGAAAGUGUUAAAGCAACCAGUGAUGUCAAUUCCCCAAUCUCUGGUGAAGUCGUUGAGGUUAAUUCAAAGCUUACUGAGGCUCCUGGCUUGAUCAAUUCAAGCCCAUAUGAAGAAGGAUGGAUGAUCAAGGUGAAGCCAAGUAGUCCAUCAGAAUUAGAAUCCUUGAUGGGUCCAAAGGAAUACACCAAAUUCUGCAAGGAAGAAGAUGCUUCCCACUAGAACUUUGUAUUAUAUUUUAACUUCUGUCACAUCUUCUAUGUUAUUGACAAUUAUCACAGGCAGUAAGCUCCAACUUUGCAAAGUUGCUUCUUCCCUUUCUUUACAUUAAUAUUUUAAAAGAAAUUUUCCUGC